AUGGCCGGAAGAAAGCCAACGUCCUCGAGAAGCUCAAAGCGCCGAGCGGAGGAUUUGGCCAAUACCGGACCAGAUAUUUACCAACAGAUGUUAGCAGAGGCUGGGGUGUCGGCAGCAAAUCCGAGUAGGAUUGAACCACCGUUGAAACGGAGGCGGCCAGGCCUAACGUCAGGUGCCAAAUCUUCGUCCAGGGAUCAGAUUACGACAUGCCAGGCGCAAGAGCAACCGGUAGUGGCUCUACCAAGCACUGCAAAUGAGAACGAGCAUGACGGCGAGGACGACGACAGUGCUAUCGAAUUUGAAGAUGUGGUUUUGCCGGCGCCAACCGUGCAAACAAUUGAGAUCGAGUCCGAUGAAAACGAAGAUGACGAUGACGAUGACGAUGAAAACGAAGUCUUUCUAUUCGAAGAUGCCAAUCUCCCCAUGUCUCAUCCAGAUAUAGUCGCUUCCGGCGAAGAGACGGGGACUCUGGAACUCAACCUCUCUGCUCUCAAUUCUGCGGCUUCACCUUCGAAACGAUACGGCGCGAGACGCAAACCAGUAUCUAAAGAGGAAAGAGACCGGCGUUUGCAUAUUCACAAGACACAUUUACUGUGUCUCUUGUCUCACGCAUCCCGUCGAAACCACUGGUGCAAUGAUGCGAGAGUUCAGGAAACGUUGCGGCCUCUAUUAACUGACAAGAAUAUCGAUCUUCUAAAUCCUGGAUCCCAUUUGCCGCAAUUCGGCCAGUCUGAAAGCUUGAAAAAGGGGCUGAAGCAAGCUGCUGAAAUAUGGAGAGCAAAGUUUAAAAUCACGGAACGAGGGUUGCGAAAGUCUCUUUGGGCGGAGGAUCCAGGCCAACUGCAAAAUUAUGAGCCUCCAUCAAACUUGGACUCCUGUUUGGAUCGCGAAGACUUUCGGAAUGCAUCGAAAAGGCUGCAAGGGUCCCGAGACGUCGGCGCGCAGUUGUAUUGUGCGCUGCUGAGAAGCGUGGGCGUCCGGGCAAGGCUCGUCUGCUCAUUGCAGCCAUUAUCUUUCUCUUCUGGCGGGCCGACACUAAGCGAAGGGAAACCGCUCAUCCUUGGCACGAAACCUGCGCAAAACGAACACGUCAAAGCAGCAUUGGCGAAAUACAAGGCCCUGGCGGCCACUACAGAUCCGCCGAGUGACACUCCUGGUUCCUCGACUCCGCGGCGACGACUAGGCCACCCACACGCUACAUCCUAUCAUUUCCAACCUAUUCCUUCCCCGCCCAGGAAACAGCGAGCUUUUCACGAACCAGCCCAGAUCCGCGAAUCUGCUUUCCCGAUUUACUGGGUCGAAGUGCUAGAUACUGGCCAUCAGAAGUGGCAACCUGCUGAUCCAAUAGUUACGCAAACGUUCUGGAAACCCAAGGCCUUCGAGCCUCCUAUUACGGACAGGGAAAACAGCCUCUCCUACGUGGUGGCAUUCGAAGCUGAUGGCGCCGCUAGGGACGUGACGAGGCGAUAUGCGAAGGCAUACACGGCCAAAACGCGUAGGUUGAGGAUUGAGACGCCUCUUGACGAUGGCGGCCAAUGGUGGCGCACAGCAAUGAGGCCUUUUCAGCGACCCAGUCCCACAGACUUGGACCAAAUUGAAGACAACGAGUUGGCCGGGAUGGAAGCUCGGGAACCGAUGCCCAGAAAUGUGCAGGAUUUUAAGAACCACCCUGUGUAUGCCUUGGAGCGACAUAUGCGCCGACACGAAGUACUUGUGCCUGACGCGAAACCAUCGGGGACUGUCGGCGCCGGUAGUCGCGGUCCCUUGGAGAAAGUCUUUCGACGAAAAGAUGUUCGUGUAGCAAGGACCACGGAGAAAUGGUAUCGCCUCGGGCGCCAAGUAAAGCCGAACGAGAUACCGGCCAAGUGGCUUCCGAAAAAACGGCGGCUCAAGGGUCCGAGGUAUCGGGACAAGGACGAGGCGCACACGGGAGACGAUGGUGUUGUGCCAAUAUACACGACGGAGCAAACAGAACUGUACGAACCACCACCCGUUAGGAACGGGUGCGUGCCAAAGAACAAGUUUGGCAACAUAGACGCCUACGUUCCUAGCAUGAUACCCAAGGGAGCCGUGCAUGUUGCUCAUGAGCAUGCCGCGAGGGCCGCGUUCAUAGUUGGCGUUGACUAUGCACCUGCCUUGACAGGAUUCCUUUUCAAGGGUCGGCAGGGCACGGCUGUGUUGAACGGAAUAGUUGUGGCGAAGGAGUAUGAAGCCGCAAUACGGGCCGUGAUGGAAGGCAUGGCCGAUGUGGAGCAAGAGAUGGAGGCUGAGCGGAAGCGGCUGGCUGCCUUGAGGGUCUGGCGACGAUUUCUCAUGGGGCUACGUAUCCGCGAAAGGAUCUGGAAGGGCGUGGAUGAAGAGGAGAGGAAAGCGGCUGAACUGGCCGCUGCGGAGAGCGACGCGACGGAAGAAUACGACAUGGUUGUAGACGAUGAGCACGAACACGACGAAGACCACGACCACGACCACGACCAAAACCACGACGUCGGUAACAGUGGGGGUGGGUUUAUGGUGGACUGA